GUUGUAGGUUAGACACUAGUUACGUCGAGCUCAUGUCUCGCAGCACCGUCAACCCCCGCAAUGCCCUCGACAGCCCACGCCGCCGUCUCCCAUACCCCCAAUCCCGAUGACGACGAGACUUCCGCGCCGCCGCCGGCCGUCAAUUCUUGCACCACGGUGGCCGAGCUCCAAUUCGCGCUCGCGUACCUAAACGCUCAGGAACACCUCGUCGCCUCCCGCCUGCAGAAACUCCUCGCUACGCAAUCGGAGCUGACGCAUUCGAUCUCGCGGCUGGACCUGAUCCGCGCGCACCUGGGCACGCAGGUCGUCGCCGCGCGGUCAUUGUCGAAUACUAUCCUCUCCACCGCGGCGACAACCGCGAACCGUGUCUCCUCCGCCGUGAAGCGGCUCGAUACUGAGCAGUCGCGUGUGAAGGCUACGCUCGAGGUCGUCGAUCAGAUCUCGGAGCUGAAGGCUUGUGUGCUGGGCGUUACCGGGUCCAUGGGCGCGCCCCAGGAUUGGGAGACCGCCGCGAGCUACCUCCACCGUGCUAGUAAGAUCCCGAGGGAAAUCGCGGCUGGGGAGUUCGCCGAGGAGAUGGUCGCUAGUGCUGAGGUGCCGGAUCCCCCUGCGGUCACUCUGGAGAAUGCCGCUGAGUCCUUGUGCGGACUGUUCUUGAGGGAGUUUGAGAAGGCGGCGGCGAAUGCGGAUGGGGAGAAGGUUACUAGGUUCUUUAAGCUGUUUCCGCUCAUUGGGAAGGCCAGUGUGGGGCUCGAUGUCUAUGGGAAGUAUGUUUGUGGAGGGGUGUCGACACGGGCGAGGGCGGCACUCGCAAAUAAGCCGGAGGAUACAGUGGGGGACUUCUUCUAUGCGACAGCAAUGACGAGACUCUUUGAGCACAUCGCGACUAUCGUAGAGCAGCACGGUACUCUCGUGGACAGACAUUAUGGCCCAGGGAAGAUGGUGAAAGUGAUUGAGCGGCUGCAGGUAGAGGCGGACACACAAGGUGGCAUCAUCAUCGACACGUUCAUGGACGAAAGGGGAAUGGAUAGGAAGCUUACCGAUAUCAAAUCCUACGCCUUCUCGUUCCUAGUGCAGUCGUUUCUCCCGGGCCCGCGGGCUGCGCUCGGUGGGGCGUCGAGGUCGAACUCACCUGCACCUGGCGGAAUAGCGGCACCGGAUAACGAGGAUGAGGGGGUGGAUGUCAAAGAAGUUGACAUUCUCCUGACAGAAAUCGGCGUGAUGCUUGGACGGUGGUCACUAUACUGCCGCUUCCUCGCCAGGAAGUGUCAGACCCAACUGGAGCCAUUGGAUGGAGGACAGCCAGGCCUCCUAUCUCUCCCGGCCGUGAUUGCGAACUCUAACCUCUCCCAAAAAGUACAGGACCGACUUGUCAGUUCGUUCAACAUAAUGACCACGUUCUUCUGUCGCCGCUCCGUCGAAAAAGCCUUCCAGCUGGACGAAGCACCCACCGACCUUUCCCUCUCCCUCGCCUCUCCACCCUCCACCUCCUCAAACGCACCCUACAUAACCUCCGCGGUCGACGACGUGAUGUACAUCGUCAACAAGCUCCUCCAACGCUCCAUCGAGACCUCACAGCGGGCGCUCGUAGCCAGCGUGAUCUCCACGGUCGGUCGAGUCCUCGGCUCCGACUUCGUAGGGAUGAUCCAACGGAAGAUGCGGGACGAGAGCUACCCGCGGUCCACAUCCUCGAACACGCCGCCGUCCGACGAAAAAGUCCUCAGCUUCCUCGUGCUAAUCAACAACCUGGACACGGCGUCCGAGUACCUGCACCGGAUAAUCGACGGCUUCGGCGACGACCUGCGCGACCUCUUCCCCUUCGAGAGCGAGGCGGACUCGGUCCGCGAGGCGCUAAGGAACAUGGCCGUCAGCUUCGAGGCCAAGACCGGCGAGCUGAUCAACGACGGGAUCAUGGUCGUUUUCAACCAGGUGGUGAAGCCGCGGCUUCGCCCGCUGCUGGCGGAUGCGUUUAGAGACGUCGAUUACGUAGUCUCCGACGAGGAGGCGGCAGCAGCAGACGACGGAAUGAUGAUGAUGGAUGGCGACGAGUCUGCGGACAACGCCGAGCUCGUCAAGCGAAGGUUCAGGGAGGGCUGGGAGGCACUCAUGACGCCGCUGAAACGUAUCCUCACCGAUAAGGCGUACACGCGCCUCCUCGCCACGACGGCAAAUUACUUCUCGAAGCUCCUGGAGAAGCGUAUCUGGGGGUAUUCUGGGCGGAUCAAUGAGCUGGGGGCUAUCAGGCUCGAGAGGGAUAUUGCGGGGAUAGUUGGCGUUGUGGUUAGAGGCGGGCGCUACGGCGUCAGGGAUACGUUUGUGCGCUGCUCUCAGAUCUGCUUGGUCGUUAAUAUGGAGGAGGACGAGGUCGGCGGGAUACUGCGGAAGGGCGAGAUGGACGAUAGUGGCGUUGAGUGGAGGCUUGAGGUCGACGAGAGGGCAAGGGCGCGGGAGAUGGUUGUUAGAGGGAGAUAGGAUAGGGCUUGUAGUUGGCAUGGAUAUCCAAUAGAGCGAGCGG